UCUGGACGCUGAAGUGGAGAGUCGUGUGUGAGAUUAGUGGAGAGUUUAAACUCGGUCUUAUUAUUAUGGAUCUGCUGUUAUAGACAAAAACCUGAUAUGAACUGAUUUAAAAUGUGGACAUAUUUCACCACCAGCAGCGAUAUGACUGUAUGAACAGCAGCACAGACUGUGUGAAGAACACGGCUGCCUGAUGAAGAAUCUCCUUCAUGAUGAUGAUGAAGGAUUGUAUUAGUGUGAAUCUGUAGGAGGAGAUAAAGAGAUAAAAAUGGCGGCUGCAAGAAACACCAAGUUUAAACUCUUUGGACCUCAAGGUGGUGAAAAGUAUGAAUUUGGCUCUGCUCUCACUCUCUCCUGUCACCUGUCUUCUGAAAUCAGUGCUGUUUCCAUGGUGAUCAGGUGGUUUAAGGGGACAGACUGUGUUUGUCUCUAUAAGAACGGGCAGGUGACAGAGGGGAGGGGCUACGAGGGCAGAGUGAGUCUGUUCACUCAGGAGCUGCAGAGAGGAAACAUCUCCUUACAGAUCAGAGACUGCAGUGAGUCAGAUUUAGGAGUUUACCUGUGUCGGGUCACCAAUGGAGACAGAACAGAGGAGUGUACAGUAACAGUAGAAGUGAGAGUACAUGCGGCACUAGAGGGCAAAAAAGUUUUCUAUGUCUGGCAGAGUAAAAGAAAAUGGACAGAAGAGGAGAGAAUUAAAAUGAGUGAAUCUGUUCUGCUGACUGAGGUUUCCAGAGACGCCAAACAUUUUAAAGACAAAAUAGGCCUUAUGGUGAAGAAAAAUGAACAACUGGAAGAAAAAUGCAGAGAAAUUCAAGAGAAAGAAAAACUUCUUACAAAAAGCACAGAGACUGUUCAGAUGAAGGACAAGAUGCUGGAAGAGAAAGAAACACUUCUUACAGAGACAAAAAGCAAACUAGAACAAAUGAAUAAAGAAUCUGAGAUGAAUCAGAAACAGCUUAAAGAUAAAGACACACAACUGGAGAAUCAGAUCAAACUGCUGAGAGAGAAAGAGACUCUACUGGAGAUCACAGUGAAAGAGGGGGAAAGCAGUAAAAAGCAGCUGGAGACUCUGAGAAAGGAACUGCGGGACAAGAGCAGC